UCCAGCUAGCUGUAACCGGCUAGCCGCCGUCGAGCUGACACCCUCCCAAACCUCGGCGCAGCUCCGCUGCACAGUCGACAUGGCAGCAAAAUAUCACAGCGAUUUCCUACACAGACAUGAAGAAUCUCCGAGUCUUCUGGGAUAAUAUUCAUCACGCGAUGUGAUCCAAAAUCCACAAUGUGUGAGGACAUUUAAGAACGAUUGAGUUCGGAAGAAAAACAUCUUGAUUCCAGUGGAAUCUUCCAUAUAUAUAAAUAUAUAUAAUUAUAUUUUUUUUCUCUGCGUUAAAGCUUAACUUACAUUUAUACACACACCCACCCCCAUCAAUAUAUCACCAUGCCAGUGCAAGCACCACAAUGGACAGAGUUCCUGCUGUGCCCGAUCUGCACGCAGACGUUUGAGGAGACUGUCCGCCGGCCCAUCAGUUUGGGCUGUGGACACACCGUCUGCAAGAUGUGCCUGAACAAGUUGCACCGCAAGGCCUGUCCCUUUGACCAGACAGCCAUCAGUACGGACAUCGAGCAGCUCCCUGUCAACACAGCCCUGUUGCAGCUGGUGGGAGGCCAGGUUCCUAAGGCUCAGCCUGUGGCCUUGAUCACCAGUCCGGAGGAUUCGCAGCAUUAUGAGGAAGCCAGGCAGUGUGUGGAGGAGCUGGCCCUCUACCUCAAACCUCUCAGCAACACCCGAGGUGUGGGUCUGAGCAGCACGGCCCAGAGCAUGCUGAGUCGCCCCAUGCAAAGGAAGCUGGUGACGCUCGUCCACUGCCAGCUGGUGGAGGAGGAAGGUCGCGUUCGAGCCAUGAGAGCGGCGCGCUCCCUGGGAGAGCGGACCGUCACCGAGCUCAUCUUGCAGCACCAGAAUCCACAGCAGCUGUCCUCCAACCUGUGGGCCGCCGUGCGCGCGCGAGGAUGUCAGUUUCUCGGCCCAGCAAUGCAAGAGGAAGCACUGAAGCUGGUCCUCCUCGCUCUGGAGGACGGUUCUGCGCUCUCCAGGAAGGUGUUGGUUCUCUUUGUGGUCCAGAGGCUGGAGCCACGCUUCCCUCAGGCCUCAAAAACCAGCAUCGGCCAUGUGGUGCAGCUCCUCUACAGGGCGUCCUGCUUCAAGGUCACCAAACGUGACGAAGAUUCGUCCCUCAUGCAGCUGAAAGAGGAGUUCCGUACUUACGAAGCCCUGCGGCGCGAGCACGACUCCCAGAUAGUUCAGAUUGCCAUGGAGGGGGGGCUUCGCAUCGCACCCGAUCAGUGGUCUUCCCUGUUGUACGGAGAUCAGUCUCACAAAUCACAUAUGCAGUCUAUCAUAGAUAAGCUGCAGACCCCAGCAUCUUUCGCUCAGAGUGUUCAGGAGCUGACGAUUGCACUGCAAAGGACCGGCGACCCGGCCAACCUCAACAGGCUGCGGCCCCACCUGGAGCUGCUCGCCAACAUCGACCCCAGUCCAGAUGCACCUCCUCCGACAUGGGAGCAGCUGGAGAAGGGGCUGGUAGCGGUGAAGACCGUGGUGCACGGCCUGGUGGACUUCAUCCAGAACCACAGUAAAAAAGGAGCGGACCCCCAACAGCCUCCUCAGCACAGCAAGUACAAGACAUACAUGUGUCGUGACAUGAAACAGAAAGGGGGCUGUCCUCGAGGAGCCAGCUGCACCUUCGCUCAUUCUCAGGAAGAACUGGAGAAGUAUCGUAAGAUGAACAAGCGUCUUGCAGCUCGCCUCCCCGGCUCCGGAGGGCUGCUGCCGGACGACGGCCUGCCUCUCGAUGUAGCAGUGACCCGGAAGCCUUCGCCCCUCACCAACGGCAGCGGCGCCGCCUCUCUGCCGCAGCUCAUCGCCCGCGGCACAGACACCGUCGUCUCGCUGCUGCGGAAACCCGUCAAGAUGGAGUCGGGGAGUCCCAGCGCGCCGGGGUCUCCGCCUGAUGUCCUGGACUCUGUCCCCAAGCCCGGGAUGCCCCUCCCCCCUCACGCCAUGGCCCACCCGAGGAUGCCGACCGACCACCUGUCGGACGUGAAGCACAUGCCCGUGGUGGCCCGGGGGUCGCCGGUGUACCCGCAGCCGCAGCUCCCCGAGAUGUACUACGACACCCGCCCGCCCCCGGGGGGCUCUCAGUACGAGCCCCCCCAGUACCCCGCAGGAUACCCCUACCAGCAGCCGCCUCAGUAUGUUCCCCGGGACUACAUGCGUAACCCGCCUCCCAGUGACUCCGGACCCCCCUACCAGGAUCCCUACCCCGGGUACGGCCCCCCGGAGCGCCCGUACCAGGCUCCUCACUCCGGGCCGCCGUUCUCCUAUCCCCACCCUCCACAUUAUGACCGGGGUCGCCACGGGGGCUACGCCGGGCCCCCCCCUCCCCCGCAGCCUUACCCGUCCCAGAGGGACGGCCUGGUCAGGAUGAGCCCGGCGCCGCUGGACGUCCCCCCUCCGUCGGGACAGGCCAGUUCUCUGUACCACCAGGAGCCCAGCGCCCGGGACAGAUACCCCCCCGACGGGUACUACCCGGCGGGGGCGCAGCCGCCACCCAUGAGGUCCUACGGCAGGGGGCCGCCGUACGGCAGCUCGCAGCCCAGCCUGGACUACCUGCACCGCCGCCGCCAGGAGCUGCUGUCCCAGCUGGAGGAGAGGAAGGUCAUCUCGCCGCCGCCGUUCGCCGCCUCCCCCACGCUUCCACAUCCCUUCCCCAGCGACUACCCUCCCGAGUACGGCGAGGAGAGCUCCAAAGCUUUGAAGUGCAGAGAUUCCGACUACGCAGGACAGUACUCCCCCUGGUCCUGUGAAACGAUCGGCUCGUAUAUCGGUACAAAGGACGCCAAACCCAAAGACGUUAUGGUUCCUGGUGCCAUGGAGAUGAUGAAUGUGGACGCUAAAGGUCUGAGAGAACCGUCGCUGGAGGCUCCCCGACGGGCCGCUGAAGUGAAGGACGACGACCCCAUCAUCCCGUUCGGCCCCCAGCCCACCGUGUCGCGUUUCGGUGCCAUCUCCCGCACCUCCAAGACCGGCUACCAGACCACUGGACCCGUGCAGGCGAUGGUCUCCGCUCCCCAGAACCCGCCGAGCUCCAAACACAUGGCCAUGCCAGCAGAGUACAAUUAUGGAAGCCAUGUUGGAUGGGGCGGGGCUUCAUAUCCCUCCCACCCGGCUGCCUCCCCCUCUCAGGGACAUUUCAGUGAGCGCCUGCCGAUGGCGGCCUCGGACAGAGAGCAGUUGAAGAUCGAGCUGCAGCAGGUCAACCAGCAGAUCACCCAGCAGACCCAGAUGCACAGCAUCGAGGCUGCCAGUAACUCUUUACUCCUGCAGAGGGAAGCCAGCGCUCUGGCCGGCCAGCCCAUCCAGCCCGGCCAGGCGCAGGCAGCAGGAGCCCCGCAGCAGCAGCAGCAGCCGCAGCCGCCCAAGUGGCCAUCGGGGGGCGCUAAUGCAACCUCCGUCUCCAGUGAGCAGCUGAGUCUGGAGCUCCACCAGGUGGAGAGAGAGAUCGGGAAGAGGACCCGAGAGAUGGCUUUGGAAAACCAAGUGGCCCACGAUGUUCAGCAGUUCAAGAUGAAACCAGCUGAGAAUGGACAGCCGGAGCACAAGACUCAACUGGAAGAGAUCUCCCUGGCUCUGGGCGAGGUGUCGAAUGGCUCCAGCAGUCUGCAGGAGAGUGCAGUGGGCGGGUCCAUGCUGUCACUGACCAAUAAGACGUCAGCGCUGAGCCUGUGCUCCGACCCGGCUGCCCCGGGUUCAGAGAUGCAGAAGAAUGGCGUCGUCCAUUCCUGCUCUUAGGAAGUACACACACACACACUCACACACACACACACAUACACACACCUACAUGAACACACACACGAUGCUCAGUUGAACAGCAUGCACAGGCACACAUACACCCAUUCUAUUUAGAAGAUGAGCAGUAUCUGCCGUGACGAAUUUUCUUUCUUUUUGUUCUGUGAAUGAGCUUUUUUUAAAUGACUUUCCUUGCCUGGAAACCAGGGCAUAUGAUAACAUUUCUUGUGUGUGUUGUUGUUUUUUUUUUCUUUUUCUUUAUUCUUUUUUUUUUUUUUUUUGUACUGGGAUUAGAUAAACAAGGCUCGCAUUAGAUAUCUAUCUAUCAGGACAGGAAGGCGUUGGUGAUGCCGACAGUGACUUUCCCCCGAUUCGACCUUCGAACCACGCGCGAGUCGUCUUCUCCCCCCUCCUCCCUCCACGCCAUUCGGCGGCACAGAAACGGUUAGCGGGGGGGGGAGAAGAGCCCACGAACUUGCCGCCGACGAGUCGCGCCGCUUCGGGAACGCGCCGCGGGAAAGCCACGGCGAGCGAGCGCCGCUCGGCGCCACCCCCAAAAUCGUAAACAGAGGUUGCCCAGAUGUCGACGUCUGAGGAGGGAAAGGCGUUCAGUCCGCAUGUAUUCAGCCAAAAGGGGCGUGUCCUCCCUCACCUGGUUUUAUUAAAUGUAUUUUACGAGCACGUCGCGUCUGUUUCAUACUUGAAAAGCAGUUUAUUGGGUAUUUAAUGGGAGCAUUCUGUUUUAAGGAUUGCAGCCAGUCGUUUUGAUAUUGAGCUUUUCCACCUUUUUUCUAUAAGGGAGUCGACUCUGACCGGGCGGCGGCGUCUCGCCUUCAGCCAAAUCUUGUGAGACAGUUUUUUUUUUGUUUGUUUUUUUUUAACAUGUUCACAGAUAUUUUUUUUGAGUCAUCCGGAGGGUGAAUGAGAGCCGAGAUCAGUUCAUAUUCAGCACAGAGUUCCCUCCUCAGAGCUUCUCAUCUGGCCACACAAAAGGCCUCCCCAUUGGGAUUAUCUCGUCAUUUGUUUUCCUAACUUCUAUGAAGUUGCCUUCCCUUGUGUCUUCUUUUCUUUUUCUUUUUUCGUUUUGAGUUUUUCAUGCUUUGCAUUGUUACGAUUUUGGGUGGUGAAGCUCGCUCGGUGACGGCUUUGAGAAAAUCUGCGCUCUUCUCCGUGGCGUCGACUUUAAAAACAAAAACAAAAAAUAACGUUCCCGCAGAGGCGGCGGGCGUCGAGCGGACCCGGCUCACUGUCGCCAUCACCGCCGCCACUCCUGUCGCUGCUCUCGCUCCGUCAUCGAAGUUGUUUACUGCCGACGCUCGACUCGGAGCUCUUUGCCUUCUGUAAGCGGCGGGCGGAGGUGAUGGUAAGUCUCGGCGAGUCCCUGCAACGGUUGGAGGGAGACGCAGCUUCUUCCUCGUCGGGGUCGUGACGGGCAUCUCUCUUCGAAUGCAAAUGUUUUUGGGUUUUUUUGUUUUUCCUCCCCGACCACACUUAAAGCCUCCGGCUGCUCCUCGCUGCAUUUAUUGUUUUAGGUACACAGCUCACUUAUACAUAUGAGUAUGUAUACAUACAUUAAUAUACUAAAGCACUAUUAACGUGCCACCUCUUAUUCUACUCGCUCAGCAUUUAUAUUAAAUGAUCUCUACUUAGAAUCAGCAAAAUGUUUUGUUUUUGUUUUUGUUUUUUUUUUGGUUUGUUUUAGUUCGUUUUUCUGUCCACUGGUUGCCAACACAGACUUUAUCCUUUCCCAGACGAAGGACUUCUGUGUGCAUUGAUGUGUGUUCACUUAAUCUUUUGUGUUCAAACAAAGAUGUUCUUUAUAGACUAUGCUUCCGAAGAAGACAAAAUCUGUAACUUUGGAGAAAUUUAUGGAGAUGUUUUUGUGUGUGCUAGAUUGUAUUGUAGAAAAUGUACCCUGACUUAAGUUUUUUUUUUUUUUUUUUUUUUUGAAAUCCUCAAAGCGUGCUGUACCGGGUGAUAGUGUUGAGGUAUUAGAGAAGUGUUUGUUUUUGCUCACGUCGCCCCCCGAUGAGAUCUAGAAGUCUCCACAUGAAAGUUUAGCCUUAAAAACUCCCGCGAUGCUCCAUCCUUCUUUUUUUUUAGGAGCGUCGGAUGAACUACAGGCCCAAAAUUUAGAGUCCCGCGCCCCGAGAACCCCCGCAGGAAGCCAGACGGCGGCAACGAUAAUGCAGAUCAAAUCGGACCGUUUUUUUUUUUUUGUAGAUCAUCUUUUUUUCUUCUUCCUCUUGCAGUAGUUGGGUGAAUCCACCGAUCUGCAAGUCUUACUAAUGCUUCAACGUGUUUUAAACCGACUCGGUAAUUGGCAGUCCAGCGUAAUCCAGAUUAGAUUUCUCGUCUCGGCUCCAGCUGAGCAGAAUGAAGACAAACGGGGCGUUUUAGAGGUUCAUUUCAAUCUCCCGUGUGCGUGCAUGUGUGUGCGUGUGUUUUUGUUUGUUUCCGAGUGGACCUGCUGCCUCCUUCCUGCAUUCACACGACCUGUUAACCCUUCCCUCUCCCACCCGAGACCACUGAACUCUGUUACUGCUGUUUCAGGCUCACCUUUUAUUCCCGGGCGUUUCCGGGGAGAAAUUCAGCAAAUGGCUUUUUUUUUUUUUUUUUUUUUUGUAUGAUUACUCCCUUGUAAAAUAUCUCUUAAAUUAAGGUACAGGUUUGAUUCCAGCAAGAAAAAAAAAAAGUUUUUAUAUGUAUAUUAUACUCCAUUAAGGAAUGUCUAGAAUUAUCUUCCUCCAAUGUGGAUGUAGCCAUUAUUACGCCAUUUUAUGACUUUGUAAGAGAAUUCACUGUGUGAAAAUUGGUUUGCAUUUUUGUAUAAUACAAUCUGCUUUUUUUUUUUUGUUUGAUACGAGAGGGAGGUCAAACUGGAAGUUUGAAGC